UUUGCCGCAUAUGUUUUGCCAGAGCAGCCCAGUGUGUAAUUUUAAGGAGUAUUGACAUUUACUUUUGUAUUUUAAAUAUUUUAAUCAUAAAAAUGAUUUUGAACAUCACAUUUUAAGUUUUUUUUUAGUAAAUAAGUUAAAUCAAUAAAAUAGUAAUAAAUAGUCUAUUUAUAUAAAAUAAUAAUAAAAAUGGAAUUUUUUGAUAUGAUACCUGUCGCAAAAGUUGAAUGUGUAGUAUUAACAGAAAAAACAAACGAAAAGCAAUCAAGACUUGAGGGUACACUUUGUUUAAGUGAUCACCACCUUUUAUUGUCAUUCAGAGAAGAAUCUCGUAAAGAUCUUUGGUUACUCUAUCGUAAUAUCGAUGUUAUUGAAAAAAAAACUAAUAACCAAAUACCUGGAGGCAGUAUUAUACUCAAGUGUAAAGAUUUUAGAAUUUUACAGCUUGAUUUUAUCAACACUGACGAUUUAAUAAACAUCGCUACAUCUUUAGAAAAACUAUCAUCACUUGAUCAAACAUUGCAAUAUCCAUUUUUUUUUCGCCCGCAAACGUUAAAUCAAAAUAAAGACCAAAGCGAAAACGGAUGGACAGCAUUUACUCCUGUGUCAGAGUGGUCACGAUUAUUAGCAUCACAUGGAGAUGAAUGGAGAAUAAGUUAUCUUAAUCGUGAUUACAAAGUAUGUAAUUCAUAUCCAUCUACGCUGAUAGUGCCACGUUUGAUUGAUGAUCAAAUGAUAAUAUCAUCAGCAGGAUUUAGAGAAGGUGGAAGAUUUCCAGUUUUAUGUUACAGACACGAAGGAGGAAGUAUUCUCUUCAGAAGUGGCCAACCUCUGUGCGGUGCGACUGGAAAAAGAUGUAAAGAAGACGAGAGGCUAUUGAAUAUUGUCCUGGGUUCUGGAAGACGCGGAUAUAUAAUUGACACGAGAUCAUCUAGUCAAGCACAGAGUGCUAGAGCAAGAGGUGGCGGAACAGAAAUAGAUUCAGCUUAUCCACAAUGGCGAAAAGUUUUCAAAAGUGUUCCGCGUCUUUCAGACUUAGCUGAAAGUCUUAGCAAAUUAAUAGAAGCUUGUAAUGAUAUUUCAUGCUCCACUAGUCAAUGGCUAUCAAGAUUAGAAAACAGUGGAUGGUUAUCAACUGUCCAAAGUGCUAUGAAUGCUGCCUGUGUCGCUGCACAGUGCCUUCAUCAAGAGUUAGCGGCAGUGCUAGUUCAUGGAGGAGCUGGCCGCGAUUCAACUCUUGUUAUUACAAGUUUAGCUCAAAUUAUUUUAAAUCCUGAUUGUCGGACUGUAAGAGGGUUUGAAGCCUUGUUAGAACGUGAGUGGGUUCAAGCAGGACAUCCUUUUUACACACGAACACGACAUGGAGCUUACUAUCCAACAAAUUCACAACAUUCACCUCAUGCUCCAACAUUUCUUCUUUUUCUUGAUUGUCUUUAUCAAUUACAUUAUCAAUUUCAAUUUAGUUUUGAAUAUACCACUGAAAUGCUAAUAGAACUUUUUAAACAUGCCUAUUUUUCUGGAUAUGGAACAUUUUUAGGCGAUUCUGAAUCUGACAGAAUAAGUUUACGAUUAGCAGAACGCACUACUAGUAUCUGGACGUAUAUAAAUAAACCAGAGUCAUUGGAAAAAUGGCUAAAUCCAUUGUAUGAGCCUAAUCCUGGUGUUAUUUGGCCUAGUGUAGCGCCUAUCAGUAUUAAUCUAUGGAAAGAAUUGUAUUUAAGCCACACCUCGGCAUCACCUUGGAGCGGGUUUACCGCGUGCAUCACUCAAAUAAAACAUAAUCAUUCAUCAGUUAAAAAAGUUGCUAACCAAUUACGAAUACAGGUGCGUCGAGCUUUAGAUGAUAUAAUUUGUGAUCAAGACACUUCCUGCCAAACAGAAAAUGAUCAGGAACAAUUGUCUCCGUGUUUUGCCCAAUUGACGCUAGAAUCUCAAAAGACUUAAUUAAAUAUAAUUAUUUAUUU